AUGGCUAGUUCAAAGCUUUCCUCAGGUUUAAUCUUUCUCCAAUUGGUUUUGCUAGUGUUUGUCUUUAACUCGGCAAAUGCGCAAUUGAAGGUAGGGUUUUACAAGUAUACAUGUCCAAAAGCUGAGGCUGUUGUGAAGGAGGUUAUAGAUCAAGUGAUGAAAGUAGCUCCUAGCCUCAGUGGCCCUUUGUUGAGGAUGCAUUUUCAUGACUGCUUUGUUAGAGGUUGUGAUGCGUCAGUUCUUUUGAACUCUAGCACUGGUCAAGCUGAAAAAGAUUCACCUCCAAAUUUAAGCCUUAGAGGCUUUCAAAUUAUCGACAGAGUCAAGGCUGCAUUAGAGAAGGAGUGUCCCGGAGUGGUCUCCUGUGCAGACAUCAUUGCCAUUGUGGCCAGGGAUGUCACUGUUGCGACUAUGGGACCAACCUGGGAAGUUGAAACUGGAAGAAGAGAUGGAAAUGUGUCCAGGGUUUCAGAGCCCUUAACAAACCUGCCACCAUUUUUUGCGAACAUUUCUCAAUUGAUAGCACAAUUUCGUGCUAAGAAUCUAAACGUAAAGGACCUUGUGGUGCUCUCAGGUGGGCACACCAUUGGCACUUCUCAUUGCUCUUCAUUCAAUAAUCGGCUGUACAACUUCACUGGAAAGGGUGACACUGAUCCCACAUUGGAUUCAGAAUACAUACCACAUUUGAAGAAAAAAUGUAAGGCAGGAGAUCAAACUACGCUAGUUGAAAUGGAUCCCGGAAGCGUCAGGACAUUCGAUAACAGCUAUUAUACACUCCUAACUAAAAGAAGGGGACUUUUUCAAUCUGAUGCAUCUCUCCUUGACAACAGCCAGACAAAAGCUUAUAUUAAACUUCAGUCUGCCACUGGUGGAUCCACUUUCUUCAAAGACUUUGGUGUUUCCAUGAUAAAAAUGGGCAGGGUUGAAGUUCUUACUGGUAAAUCUGGUGAAAUCAGGAAAGUUUGCAGCAAGGUUAACUAG